AUGUAUGCUUGUGGAAUUUCACAUCUACUCGAGGACGAAAGUGCGAAGUGUCCUCCAGAAUGUCCAUUCUGGGCUCCCAGCGCAAUCUGGAAAUACGUAGGUGUAUGUUCAAAAGCCGAGAAUUGCAAUUUGUAUAACCCUGUUUUGCAUUACGCUGACCAGAAUAACAAUGUGUGUCUUCCAUGUCAAACUUUCGGUUGCAUCUCAUGUAAAUAUGAAGAUGUGAGCGAUUCCAUUGCUCAAAUCGCAGAUAAUCCACUCAAACUCCCAGAGUAUUGCAUUAAAUGCGCAAAGGGAUAUAAAAGAAGUGAUGAUGGAAAAAUGUGUUAUCUAAUUCACGCAUCUUGGUGGUCCAGUCUAUUCAAUGUACUGUGUGUAUUGAUAAUAACAUAUUUACUUGUACUGUUGAUUCGAUUACUGAUCAGAAGGAGAAAGUUGAAGGAAGUUUAUUUAAAUGUAGUGGAUGGACUCGAAAAUCGCGACAAAAAAAUGCUACGAAAUGAAGAAGCAACCGGAUCUCCACUCUAUAACUUAACAAUAGAUCUAUCAAAAGAGAACGUUUCAGGAAUUGGAUUGAUGCUAUACUUCAGAUAUUUAAAGUUUAUUAUCCUGGUAAUGUCAUUUUUAUUCAUUAUAAGCAUGACACAAACUCAUAUACCCUGUUCGGAAAUGAUAAGGAAAUUUAAUGAACCAUUCGAGAUAGAGUUUCUAUUCAAACCCAAAGUUGCACCAAAAAAUUUGAUAUCAGUUUUAUUCGGUAAAAAUGUAACAACUGGUUUAUCUGAACAUAUUAUAAAUUUUAAAAGCGUAGAUGAUGCCAUAGAAUGGAACCUUGCAAAAUACUCUAGAGAAAUAUCCCAUGUGAUGUAUCUCUCAUAUUUCGUAAUAAUGGGUAUAACUAUAGUUUAUAUGGUUUCCCAGAGAAGAAUUAUAGAUUUAUUUUACAAAAAUAACAUGCAGUGGAAACAUCUCACUUUGAUAGUAAAGGGAUUAUCUCAAUCAAUUGCAGACGAAGAAUAUGUGAAAAACGCAAUAUAUGAUGCCACAAAUGUAAAGGUACAUUCAGUUACAAUUUGCUAUGAUAUAAGAGAGUAUAAAGAACAAAUUGAUGAAUUUCUAAAUUUCGCAAAUCAACUAAAGUCCUCCGAUAGGGAAUCGCAAUACGUAAAUAUUGGUAAAUUACAAGGAUAUUAUGAGAUUAUGGAAAAUCUGAGAGGAGCAGGGCAAGCACUCAUCACAUUUGAAAAUUAUAAUGAUAAAUUCAAUGUAUUGAAUAGUUUCAGGCAUAGAAAUAUAAAGUUGUACGAAUUUAAUGUGGAUCCAGAUAAGGUAAUUUGGGAAAAUAUAGGAUAUGAAGAAAAAGUAAAGGAAAAAAUGGGUCUUACUGUUAUUACAGUGAUACUCAUAUUGGUUAUAUGGAGUGUGACAUUCUUUGUACCUUAUGCCGCAUAUAGUAUGCACACAACAAUGAGUCAUUUGGUAGAAAUAUUACUCUUGAGUUCCUUUGUUGAACUAGGUAGUGGCCUGGUGAGUAUGUCAUUGAAUUAUGCUGUACACCGGUUUAAUAUUGUAAAUCGAGAUGUGAUAGAUGGGUAUAUAAUGUGUUCAAACUACUUUAUAAAGGUAAUAAAUCUUGCAUUAAACAUAAUUUUAGCACAUUUAAACAACUACGGUGGAAGGAAUAAAGUGCUAACUAUAGUUAAUAAUGGCCUCCGUUUGAGCACUCCAUCAUUUAAAAUGGGUGAAGAAGUAUCAUUCAGUCUCACUCUUAGCGUCUACAUGAUCAAUUCACUAGUUAUAAUUCCAAAUGUACUCUUCAUAUUCGGAUGUUAUAUAAUGCCAACUUUGAAAUUAUUGGUGGCCUUUCUAUUCAUGUAUGAUCAUGAGCAAGCCUGCAAUGUAUUGGAAUAUCCAACUAUCGACUUGGCAAAUAAAUACGCUAGUGAUUUGGUGAAUUUUACAUCGUGUUUACUGUUGCUAUUUAUGGUGAAAGGUAAGCAACAGGGUGUUGUCACAUUUCUAGCGCUAUUUGUAUCAUAUAUUCUCAACUACCUAAGGUCACAGUUUAUUCUUCUUAGAAGGAGUUCAAAGAGUGAACACAAUACAUGGAGUGUAGAAUGCUUCUCGCUAAUUAUAUGGGCAUUUCCAACAGCAAUCUUUGCUGCAUGCCCACAAUAUUGGAAAUGGAGAAGUAGCGAAUCUACCCUCUCCAGUAUAAUUUGGUCCGUACUUUCCCAUUUGGCAAUAUAUUAUUCUCUCAUGUACAUUAUCUUCUUCCCAUUUAUUUCAGUAGAUGUCAAUACCACCCAUGGAAUAUUCGUUGAAAAAAUUUCCAGAGAACUAUACAAGGAAAACAAUUUUGAAAUUACCAAUGUGAAACAACCACACUAUAAAUUUUAUAACCCAGUUUAUAAAUUCAGGGAAUUUAAAACUAAUUACAACCUUUAG